UAAUGAUUCAAGACUUUUAAGACAAUUAUUGUCCUUUUCCUGAAAAAAGAGUGAAGGAAAGAAGUGUAUAUGAUGCUAUGUAUAGAGUAAACGAAUGGAGAAGAUUAUAUGAGUAAGGUAUAACUAAAGAGAAUAAAAAAAAACAAAGGAUAACUCUACAAGAAGCUGCUAACUUAGUUAAAAUUCCAAAAAAAACAUUAGAAGAUUACGUUUAGAUAUUUAAGAAGGUCCGUUUGAUAAGUUAAAUUGAGGAAUUUGCAAAUAAGAAAAUGGGAUUUCUUCGAGCAUUUAUAAGAAAAAAUAAAUCGAAGAUAAAAAAGGCUGCUUUGAUAUAUAAGUUACAAUAAAGAGGGUAAAUAGAAGAAUAAUAAGAAAUAAGGAAUGAUUUUGAGAAUGUAAAUACUAUUGGAGAGGAUUAAAAUAAUUAAGAAUUUUAUGAAUAAGAAUCUUAUAGUCAUAAUAUAUUCUAUUCUUAAAUCAAAUUUUGA